AUGUCGGUCAACAUGCUGACCAAUAUUGUCUGUCCCGAGGCUGCCACCAUCAUCCUAUCGCUCCUCGCAUCCCUCCUGCGUCUGUCUUCCGAUGAAAAGAGGCAGACUGUGACCUCACCUUCGAUGCCGCGUCGACGCCAGCUCACCUGCGAUUUGUCCCUCCUCAUGAACAUGCCGAUCAUUAUGCUUCAGUUCUUCUCCUACCUCUACCAAUCCAGUGUGUCAUUCAAGACUGUUGCCCUUUCUUCCGAAUUCAUUACGGGACUCAUCGACUUGAUCGUGAUUGGCCGGCUUCAGCGCAGCCAGCCACGUGCUACGCUGAGCAUCGAAAACAAGAACAAGCUUCCUACAGACAACAUUGAAAAGACGGGUGACGAGGGACAGUUUGCCUGGGACCGAAUGGAAGAUUUGAUCCUUGGAUUUUUGCGUGCAAUUGUAGCUGACAGUUUUGGUUUGCCCCCGUCUGCACAUCGACCCGUCCAUGUCGUAGACACUGUGCUUGAGACGGAAAACAGUAGUUGCUCAUCCAGGCAACAACACGAACUCCAAACAAUGCUAAUGCAAAAUUUGAUGGAGUACUUAUUGGCCAAGGACUUACUGACGGACCCGGGCCUUCUGUUGCACCCCUUCGGCCAAUUUAUCAACAUCCCAUUUAACGUAGCCUACUUCGCUUGUCGAAUAGUGGACAAAUUGUGGCAGGGUUGUUUCCUCGGUCCAGUCAGCGAGAUUGUUGACUUUAUCAGUCAAUUGAUCCACCUGCAACAGCAAUCUUCCGCAGCACACAACAGUCCACAGCACAACCCCGUCGGCCUCGAAGUCUCCCGUAGUUCCCUCUAUCGCAGUCUGAAUCGAGCCAUACUCUUCCAACUCUCGCGUCCUGUUCUGACGCUGAAAGAUCAACGACUCGUCCUAGCCCUGCUAAACCUCCUUUUGGCGGAUGAUGCGCCCGUCAAGGAGCUCAUUUUCACCUCACAAAACGCCGACCCCGACUUCCCCGUGUGUCUGGCGCAUCUUCUGAUCCAGCAUGUGGAACGCAAGAACUCUGACCUUCAACAGGUCACCGUUCGGACGCCCCUGUCGCCACAGCCUCGGGAAGUACCUCCUAACCCUCCGGCUGAUGAAUUUGCCUCGACGGCGCAUCUCUAUUGCACCACGUUUGACGUGCUGGAUGAUUUGGUCGAGGGGGAGGAUGACAGCACCAACACCAGUACUAUUUCCAUCCUCUCCGAUGAGGUCAAAGUCUAUGCUUCACAGGGGGAGGUAUCUUCAACGGACGGCGUUGAGAACGACGCGUUCGGCGAUGGGACGUCAGCUGAUUCUGAAAUGCCGGCUCAGGGUGAGGAAUUCGAACAGCUGUCAGCGUUGGCCUUGCGUCUGUGGGAGCACUCCUACAUGUGGAAUCAAAAGAUAUUUCUAGCCCUACUGCCCAAGUCGAACCUGGGCUCAACUGUCUCCAUCCCCUCUCUAUUGGACUGGGCCCAGGAGCUAGAGGAGCCCUGUUUGCAAACCUGGACGACCUACCUGGGCUCC